CAUUGUACACCAUUAAUUUAUCAACAUUCUAACUCCCCUUUCCUCCACCUCCAUUCUUUAUUAUUUUCACAAAUCAUGAAAUUUUGGGGUUUUGUUCUUCUGGGUUUCUUGUUUUUUGGGGUUUUGUUAUUUUUAGGAGUGCUGUCUUGCCCUCUUCUAGGCUCGUGGGAAAUGGAACGAUAGGGGAAAAAAUAAAUCACUAGGGAAAUUUGUAUGAUGAGUUUGUGUUGUUUUUGGCAAGAUAGGAAUGAAAAAAAUCUGUUGUGGGUUUCUGUGUUGUGUUAUUAUGUAUCAAAUAACGAUAAAUUUUGAGAUUUGGGAAAUUUACCAGGUGUGAUUUCCUUUUUGUUUUCCCCAUAUCAAGCUGAGAAUUAUGAGAACAGCCAGUGUUUACAGAGUUAAUGAGCUUCGAGAUUUAAUGUCAUAGGACAACAAUGGGGUUUUGCAGGAGAUUUCUUUUGUUCAUAUUUGUUAUCACUUUUCACAUAUUUGUUUGGGUGCAAGAAUGGGAAAUCUGUAUUUUGAUUAUGGUGUGUUGUUCUAUAGUAGGGUUUAAUUGUUUGAUUUGAUUGGGAACCUUUUCUUGUGAAGCAUGGAAACUGGGUAUUAGAGUCUGCAUGCACCUAUAUAACUACUUGGAGCUGGCUAGGAUGUUGUCUUAGUGAGUCAAGUUACAUUUCUUUUUUGAAUCUAGAAGGGGAAUAAGAACUAAAAUUGCUGAAUUAGUUUUCUGUUUCUAUGGGUGACUUUUGCUUUAAGCCUUUAAUCAUGAAAUGCCAUGUCGGAGUAAAUACUGAAGUUUGUGACUUUUUCUGUUAUUGUUAGUUAUAUAUGUUGUACCAGAAAUUAAUAUCCAUGUUUAAGUAAGGUAAAGAAAUUCAUGACUUUCACCGUAUUCCAUGGAUAUCUAGUUCAUAAUCUAUGGAUAUUUAAUCAUUAAAUGGCAUGUUUGGGUAGGGUUUUUAAUUUGCGACUUUUUCCAUUAUCCUUGUAUGUGUUUUAUAGGCAUUUGAAUUUAGGUAAAAUACUGGAAUUUGUGACUUUUAGUGUAUUCCAUGGAUAUUUAAUUGCCAUCCGUGGAUAUUUUGUCAUGAAACUCUAUGUCUAUGUAAAAUACUGGAAUUUAUGACAUUUGCUGUAAUCCCUAUUCGUAUAUAUUUUGUAUGUGUUUUUUGUGUUCUCCUCGCCUUGUUUUUUGGCCUUUUAGGUGUCACUGUAUAUAUCAUGUAUACUUUGAUGUGACUCUUUAGGUGCUGAUAAUACAAUUGUUACUUCACCUGGAAAAAAAUUAUGAGAUUCCAUGUUAGAUAAAAUACUGAAAUUUGUGACUUUCUCUGUGAUUUGGUAAAAAUGAAAUACUGAAAUUUGAGUAACUGCAGAGAUUUUGUGCUCCCUCCCUCCUAAAUUCCUAAAAAUUGUAAAUUUUAGUGAAUGGGAAUGCGUCCAGCAUAUAUCCAAGAGACAUCGUGUAUGCUUAGAAUCUUAGUGCUGAAGAUAACAAGCUUCUGUGGUAAUGUUGUUCAUGCCCCAAAUAUGCCUAAGUUUAGAUGACAUAUGGUUGGUGUGGUAUAGGAGUGCAAAUUGGAUACUGCCAUCUUGGAGCCCUUAGUACAAAAUGUCUGGAAAGCACUUUUAAUCUCCCCUCAAACUUAUGACUCACAUGACUGGACCCCUCUAGCUCUACAUAAACAGUUGGAGGAGGUAUCAGGUUAGAAGGUCAUCAUCCAAACAUCCAAUGCAUAGCAGCAAGUGAUCCCCAUUUUAAUUUCUGUUUUGUGCCAAAUAUGCAUAGUAUGGAUUUAUGCUGCAUUUAUUUUUAUCUUUCUAGAUGUUCCUACCCACUGACGUGUAUCUCUAUGAAUUUAUAAAUUAUUGUGUGCCAUGUCACCUUUUUUUUUGACCUGUCAACAAAUAUCAAUAAGUGAUGGAUAAAUAUGUAAAAUAUGCAAGUCAUUAUGCCUUGUAUGUACAUGCUAUGCAAAGUGGAGAAGAAACAUAUUUUUCAAUUAUGUUCUAAUACCUUCUUCACAUUCCUAUUGCACAAGAUUUUGCCUAAGUUUGACAUGUUUGAACAAUACUUCUACUCCCUAAAGGAGCUAGUGAAGAGUUAGGCAAUGUUUGAGACAAAAAGGUCAAAUGUGGGAAAGCCUUUUUAUUUGUUGUUGUUUGGUCCAUUUGGAGAGAGUGAAAUAGAGGAAACCACAUGAAGGUGUGCAAGUGGUGGAUAAAAUAAUUGUCAAUAUGGUAGCUUUUCGGUGUUCACACACAAAAUUUCUAAAGGGAUGGUCAAUCAUAAAUCUCUAAGUCUUGGACCUCUAAUUUUUUUUUUUGAAAGUUCAAAUUAUUGGACCUUUAUUUUUAUUUUUUGAUAGGUAAACAAGAGAUGUAUUAAAAGCGCAAAAAAGGAAGCACACCAAAGUACACAAGAUGUAUACAAUGGCUACCAAAAGAUGGCCAAAAAAGGAGAGCUUCAAGCAGAGUUAGAAAGACUGAGAAAGCUCUCCAGAUAAGAAAUGCUAAUUCUUAUUUUGGGAUUUGGUAUUGUGCCAUUUUGGGAAUCAGUGAUAAAGAAGGCAAAUCUUCCAUUUCCUUUGUUUCUUUCAAGUUUCUGAAAUUGGAGGUGCAAGGUUCUUGUUCUUUACUAAGAUCAGCUGUCAUCAUCAAUGUCAGAAAGUGCUAUGGCAGUUGUGAAACCUGAGAUGAAGUCUUAUAUCUGGCUCCAAACUGCUGAUGGUUCUAUUCAACAAGUUGAAGAAGAGGUUGCCAUGUUUUGCCCCAUGAUAUGCCGAGAAAUACUUCAGACUGGCAUGGGAUCUUCCAAAAAUUAUGCCAUAUCACUUCCACAACGAGUCAAUCCUGCUAUCUUGGGCUUAAUACUUGAUUACUGUCGGUUUCAUCAAGUACCAGGUCGCUCAAAUAAGGAGCGGAAAUCCUUUGAUGAGAAGUUCAUUCGGAUGGAUACAAAAAAGUUAUGUGAGUUGACAUCUGCUGCUGACAGCCUCCAGCUGAAGCCUUUGGUUGACCUCACCAGCCGUGCACUUGCUCGAAUUAUUGAGGGGAAAACUCCUGAGGAAAUUCGUGAGACGUUUCAUUUGCCUGAUGAUCUUACAGAGGAGGAGAAGUUGGAGCCCUUGAGAAACAUAACUGAUGAUCCACGGAUUCGGCUAUUGAAUAGAUUAUAUGCAAGAAAAAGGAAAGAAUUAAAAGAGAGAGAGAAAUUGAAGAAUGUUGAGGUUGAAGAGGAGCGUGUGGAUGAGCGUUCGGUGGAUGAUCUCCUGUCAUUUAUUAAUGGUGAAGAUGGAGAUUCUAAAGGGGUUAGAGCUUCUAAGAAUAAAAAAAAAAAUCGGAGAAGAAAGGAUCAAAUGAAGGACUCUUCUUCAAACAAUGUAAAUGGAGACCAUAAAAAGGAGUUGGAUGGAGUCCACACAUCUUGCCAUAAUGCCGAGGCUGAUGAAAUGUUGGUGUCCACCCCUAGUAAAACUUCAAAAUUGCAGGAACUUCCUGCUUCCACCUUUUCACCUAAACUUGAGUUUGACGAUGGAGAUAUUGAUGAUGAGUUAGAUCCUGCAAUGAAGGAACAACUUGACAGGGAAGUGGAGGAUUUUGCUCGGAGAUUGAAUUCAGAUUGGCCGGAAAGAAUGCAAGAAAUUCUCUCUCUGGGUCAACAAAGAAGGCUUGUACCAAUAUCUAUGAAUGGGAAUGGUUCUGCUCAUAGAAAGCGGUUCAGCUUGAGUGUUGUAGAGAAGACGCUCGAGCAGGAGCGUCCUGCAGCCAGAACAUAGAAGAUAUGGCAAUGUUUUUUGGUGUGGACAGCAUGUAAGUAUAUUUGUUUGUUUUGCCAUCACCAAGAUGCAAUUUUAGUCCUGUUUUGGCAUCCUGUAUGUUGGGGAAAAAAAGGAAGGAAAAAAAAAAAGGAAACCAAAAACGAACUAUUGAGACAAUUUGGGCAAAAUCUGCCCAUUUGUCUUUGACCUUGUUUUGUUUUUGCGGUUGUUUGUAACUUUCAGCCAUUGACAUGGGCUAUCUUCUGCACUUUAUGGAAAUCAUGUUGAUUUCACUUUUCUGCCCAUAUUAAUUGUUUUGAAAUCUUUCAUUAACAUUAUUGGUGGGAUUUCAUGAAGAAAAUCAACUUCUAAACCGGGGAAUUAUCAGACAAGUUUUUCUUUUACCAAGCCUUACAUUUGAGAACAUCUUCUGUUUUGAACUGGUUUAUAAUAGUAACUAGAGGAAGAGGAAGGUAGAAGAUGGAAGAGAAAUGGCUACUUUUCUCUUUAAUUUCGGCUUCUUCUGCGCUUCUGUUGAAGUUGAUCUGAGGAGAGAAAUGCAGUUUCACCUUGUACAGUUAGCAUUUUGUUGUCCCAAAUAAGCUCAGAUGUGGAAUACUUGAUGGAGAACCAAGACUGAGCUUCAUGUAAUGUGAUGGCUAACAUAUGUUCCAUAUUUUAUACAAUUCUCAAUCUUCAUAGAAAACUGAGUUAUGUUUUUUGGGCACUGAA